CCAGAGAACACAUCCUAGACUUUGAGAUUGAAUUCUAUUCGCAGCUUAAUAAUCUUCUUCUCCAAACUCUUUCAUCAACUUCUUUCAAGGAAAUAUGUCUUCAGGCUGUAACUGUGGCUCUGACUGCAAGUGCGGCUCAGACUGCAAAUGCGGCAGCAUGUACCCUGACUUGGAGAACACCACAACUGAGACCAUAAUUGCUGGAGUUGCACCAGUCAAGACCGGCUACUAUGAAGGAGGGUCUGAGAAUGGAGCAGAGAAUGGCUGCAAGUGCGGCAGCAACUGCAGCUGCGACUCAUGCGGCUGCGGCAAAUGAUCAUCGAUCAAAGCAAGAAGCACAGAUCACAAGGCCGUCAAGAAAAGCCUUCAUAUCAUGGCAUGGUUCUCUAUGAAUAAGAAAAGACUGUAAACCGUGUGUUUGUAUAGUUGGGUUUACAGCUUAUUUGUGUUGUAAAAUAAGAUUGCCAUAUGUGAUCUCUGCAAAUCCUAAAUCCUGUUUAGCUAUAUGUAUAGCUAGGAUUUGUGAUUUGUUUUCCGGCUAGCCGCCUUGUAUGUUACAUCUCUUUCUUAAUUAUAUCAUGUAGAUCCCUAUGUUUUGUUUCGUCUGCAAGCUUUCUUGUGACUAAUUUAGCUUUGAUAUGAUUUCUUAUGUCC